ACCUGCAGGUAGUUAUGGGAUGGCAAGGUAGCUGUGGCCAAUUUGUGUUGAGGCCGACCAAGACCAUGGCCGCUGAGAUGGGAGGCUCAGCGGUCUGCUGGUGCUUUGGGGACAGAGGCCAUGAGGGCAUGGUUCUGCCCCAAUACCCAUGCCAAAGUCGCCCAGACCCAUGCAGUACACUCUCAAGCCACACCUUCAAGUCCACUGGACCCCCGUCCUGCCACAGCGCCCCAGACCUGUACAGUGUCCCCUCAAGCAACCUGAUUGUUGUGUGUGUCCUUGCCUGUGUCAUGCGUGAACUCUAUCCAAUCCUCAGAUGUCUUUACCCAUUGUAUAAAUCACCCACUGUGUGUAUACCUUACUGUCUGGCGUUGGUGUUUCAUUGCUAUGUGUGAUUUGAUGUCUGCCCUAGUCCUUUUAAGGGCUUAAUAAAAGGUCUAAUCUGCUGGAUUUAGGCACUCACCACUGUUUGUGUCCGUUUCUCUACCCUGUAUCUCGUUAUAAAUGUUUUUGCUCACAUUUUUAUAAUCCUUGGUCAAGACCAAACACGGAGCGACUGGAAUGCAGGCGCAGCAUAACGCUUGGCGCAAAAAGAGCAGUCAGCACCGAUAUCGAUUUCCGUAAACAAGUGGCGAUCACGUACAGUCAUCACCAUCGUAAUUAUGUUUCACAUUGUUUUAAUGGACCUGCUGGUGGUGUUUACCUUAAGCAGAUUGAUUACUCACUGCAACACCUUACUGACACUUCCAUCUGCUGGGGGAAGCACAGUAUUAGAUGCACAUCGACGUGUUUGACAUUGCCCUGUCAGGGAGCUAAUUGCGUUGUUCAGAUCCUGCCAAUAAGCGCAAAGGUUGCCGUUAGACGUUUCGACUGGGGUGGUAUUCCUACUCCAAAAUAGCGCGUGUUUUAUAAUUAGGGUUCUUUUUUUUGGUACCUAGACCCAUCCCGUCAGCACUGUUGCUUUUUUCUCGGUAGCAUAUUAUGGGAAAGCGCAAGUAUAGUCUCACACCCACAUUUUUUCAGAUAAACGUGUGCAUGGUUUGUAAAUAAGCAUCCAUUUAUAUGGAAGCCUAUUUAUGUACAUGGAUAUUUAUAUUACAGAGAGUGUAGGCUGAAUAUUAAUUUAAAUUAUGCUAAACUACGAAGUAGCGCGGAAUGAACCUGGAGCAUAUGAAGUAAACAUGCAUUGCCUGUUUUGCAGAUCAUCUGAACAACAUGCAUGCUGUUUAAACGCAGACGCACGGAGCGCCAUCCUUCCCGGACCGGCAUUCACCUGAUCUGUACCUAAACGGAACUGUCUGACUCAUUGUCACACCCGACUCCCUCAUUCUGUCGUCAAUAUUUCCCAUCCAUCUUCCAGUCGCUUUUCCCGGACAUGGUCGCCUAUCCCAGGCAGCUUAAUUAGGGCACAUAACAGGGGUACGCACUUUUAUACACAGUGGACUAUUUAGAGAUACCAAAUAGCCUAACUGCAUGCAUUGAUUGUGAAAGUGUGAUUUAAAAGACGCGGGGUCAAAACCUUUGCUUUCUAGGUAAAGCUAAAUCUAAGAUGUUUACCAGCGCUCAACACAAGAACUUACUCUAAUAUGGAGCUGCUCGUUUUAAUAACUGUUACUUUUCAAUUACUUAUUUAUAUUUAUUAACAUUGUGAUUUAAUUUAAAAUUAAAUACUUUUUGUGUUAAACAUUUUGUGACAUUUAAAUACAACGUUGCCAGAACUAUUUUGAAGUACUUUUACACAAAUAUUUCAGAUUAAGAAAAUAAAGAAUUAUGGUGAAAAACAAGACAAGUUGUCAGGUUUUCCUCGCUCCCAAUACAUACGCUUCUCAAAAUUUUACUUGAAGACAUUAAGAGCUAAAUAACCGGAGACAGAUUACAGCCACUCGGCCCCUGUGAUAACAGGGUUAACACGUGUUCGGAGCAGAUAAUCCAAUUGGUCAGAGUGAAAGAGAGCUUCGGCCAAUGAGGAUACAGAGCGCGAAUGCACUCGGAAGUGGAAAAGCGCUGCAUGGGUCGUUAUAUAGAACCUGUAGAUGCUGUAGUGACUGUUAUUUUGUUAAAGAUGACAACUUGGUUGUCUUGAUAUUUCCUAGUAGUGUGUGUUUCUGCACAGUAACCUGUUUAUGGCUAAAGGAUUUCAUUUUGUAGUUAAAGUCUAAAGAUCCGCUUCUUUAUGGGUGUGUUUUGAAAAAUGUGGUGAUUCUUGUUGAACCUAUCCGACUUAACCGAAGCGUUGUAAUGUCUUUGGAGUCGUCUAGCGUGUCUGUGUCCGGGCACAGGCGGUCUUUCUCUGAUCUUCUUGCGGCCCAUACGGCGAAGAGACCCAGACAUCAAAGCGAGGCCGAACUGCGCGGUGCAGCGAUCCAGCUGCUCAACCGGCACCAGAACCUAUCCGCUUUGCUUCUGGAGGGGAGCACCAGUGUGUCCGAGGCUCAGAUGGACCUGGAUGUGGAGAAUCCUGCACCGAGAGCCCAUCCCUCUUCUAGGGCUGGACCUCCAUCUGACCUGGAAGACUCUCUGAUAGUGCAUGCUCUGCAGAGGCAAGCCGUGGAGCUGGGAGUCCCAGUGGGCGUGGUCUCCUCCAAGGUGGCAGCAGAGAGAGUGGUAGAUCUGAUGGGACGUUCAACAGGUUGUGCCACGGGGGCGCUGUUGAGCUCUAUCCAGAGGGCUAAGCUCUCAGCGCUGGUUCGCUCCAUUCAGGGGCUGCGCUCCAAAGCGGCCUUCAGCCCCCAUAUCUUCUGCCGCGAGCUCUGGAAGUGUCAGCCCACGCUGGAGGUGGCCUGGCUUCUCCACUCAGGAAAUGUCGUCACCCUGGAGCUCAUUCUGGAAAGCGAGGAGGGAGGCGUGGCAUGGCUGGGGGCGGAGAUGAGGAGUCUGUGUGGAGGAGCGGCCGUGGGAGUGGAGGAGGAUAAAGAAGUGCAGCAGCAGGUCCUCGCAGGUGUGGUGUCAGUUCUGCUGCAGUGCGGAUUCCAGGACCCCCCCGGCAGGAUCUCCCAGCUAUGUGUGGCAGUACUGGAGGACAUGCUGUCAUGGGUGCUGGACGGCUUGCAGCAGGGGGCAGAUCUGCACUCUGGGACAGAAGCGGCUGGAUCCUGGGUUUGGGUGCUGGACCUGACGCUGUGUCAGGUAUCUCUCUCGGACAGUGUGCUGCGUCGUUUCUUCACGCACUGCCUCACCUACGUCCUCACCUGCCAGCCGCAGUUCAAAGUGUCGGAUGCCAUAGCCAACCAGAGUGAGUGGACCUUCGCUAAGACCACCCGCCCUCUCACAGCUUUGUACCGUAAGCUUGCGGUGCCGUUCAGCGUGGAUGAGCUGCUUUGUCACCUGCGGAAUGUUCUAGAAACCCAUGAGGUUAACUGGCAGCAUGUGCUGUCCUUUGUGUCCACCGUGCUGGUGUGUGAUGCACAGGCUCAACGAACCCUUACAGAGCUCCUCUCCCAACUCCUGAGCGUGGCCUUUGAAAGCUACGACCUGGAGAACAUGGUCACCGCUUUCCUGCUGGCUCGCCAGGGGGCGCUGGAGGGUGCCGCCGUCUUCCCCUCCUACGGCGAGUGGUUCAAGGCGUCCUUCGGGAGUGCCGCCGGUUGCUACGGCAACAGUAAAAAGUCUGUGGUGUUCCUGAUGAAGUUCCUGUCGGACCUCGUGCCCUUCGACCCACCGCAGUACCUGAAGGUACACAUUCUUCAUCCCCCCUACGUUCCGGUGAAGCACCGCACUCUGCUGCAGGAGUACGUGUCUCUCGCCAAGACGCGGCUCGCUGACCUGAAGGUCUCCGUGGAUGAAAUGGGGUUGUAUGAGGACUCGUCUGGGGCUGACGUUCCAGUGCAGCCUGGCUGCCAGGCGCCCCAGGAUGUAGAGAAGGCCAUCCGGCUGUUUGAGAGCAGCGGCAAGAUCUCGCCGGCCGUCAUGGAGGCCAGCAUCUUCAGGAGGCAGUACUUCCUGACCCGCUUCCUGCCGGCCCUGCUGAUGCCGCGUGUGCUUCCUGAUAGCCCCGACUCCCAGAUGUCCUUCAUCGAGUCCCUGAGGAGGGCGGAGAAGAUCCCAGCAUCGCUGUACAGUGCCUACACCCAGUCCUGCGAGAGGGAGAGGCUGAGGCGGGAGCACGGCUUGGAGGUGCUGAAGGAUCUGCAGCCCCAGGAGAGACUGCAGGCAGAACUCCAGGAGCUGGGGAUCCUGCUGUCAGCACCUGGGACGGAGGAGGAAGUGUUGGCUCAGCUCGCCCGUAUUUCCGAAUCUUUGGCGCUCCUGAUUCCCGAACGGCCUGACGAGACGCCGGUCCAGGUGACGGUGUGCCUCCAUCCGGACUCCCUGGCUUCCCCGGACCUGGAGCACCAGCGGAUCGCUGAUGUGGUGCUGAGGGGCUUCUGCCAAAGCUUGAUGGACGCCUCAAGGCUGCGGCCCCCAGACAGGCAGGGCCCGUGGGCUAGCCGUUUUGUCCAGAUGUUACUGGGACACAGGAAGCUGACGGCAUGUCUCCUGCAGCGCCUUCAGGGCCUGAUCUGCGAGCAGGGGGCGACGCUGGAAGCCGCACACCUUCUGGGUCUCGCCGCAUUCCUCAUGCACCUGCACGAGUGCAGAGCCCGCUGUCCCUUGGUCGUCCCCGAGCCCGGCUGGCCCCCCAACCCUGUGCCUUUCUCCGAAGCUCUGGGCGCCUCCCUGCCUUGCAGCACUGCCACCGAAAUGGCCUUUGCCCUCAGGUUCUGCGCAGCGUCUGUGUGCUACGCCCUGUGUCGCUUCACCCUGCCAGCCGAGAACGUGCAGGAGUGCUUCCCCAGCAGCUUGUGGAAGAAGCUGGUGUACCUGCUCCCCCGGCUGCUGCCUGGAGCGAGGGCGGACCCCCUAGCUGGGGGAGUCGAGGUGGACGAUGAGGCAGGGCAGGCUGCGUGGAGGACCAUUACCGACCCCUCGGCAUCCUGGGAGAGUCUGGUGUGGCGACUGUGGAGGGAGCCCCGCGUUCGUGCCCUGUGGAUGCUUCCUGGCGGCCAGCUGUCAUUUGCCGAGUGGUUGGACGCAGAACUGGGGGUGCAGAGGAGCAGAGACGCCCUGACAGAUCUGGAGAGGAUAGAAUACCAGCAGUGGGCAUGCCAGCAGCACUACCUACCGGCUCCCCUGGAGCAGGGUGGCUGCGAUGGUGACCUCCGACGGGCCUGUUCCCAGAUCCUGCGGUCUGUGCUGGACCUGCACAGCGGGUCCCCGGGGAGCCGCAUCCCUGACACGGACACUUGUCUCCCAGAUGUCGUCUGCAGGCUGCAGGAGCUCAUGGGUGAACUGGACCUGACUCCUCCAUCCCCCGAAUCCGAGGACGACAACGGGACCUUCCUGCUGGACUUGGUUUCUCAGAGGUGCUCGGCCACCUCUGACCCCCCAGCUCUAAGCAGCCAGCUGGACCUGGAGCGGACUCUCCACAACUGGGGGAGGGUGGUGGUUGCACUUCCUGUCACAGCUCUACUGUCAGUGAGAACCCGACCGGGUCGGACGUCUCUGGACUGCAGUGCCUUCAUGGAGCAUGUGAACCAGGCACACAGGAACGUGUGUGAUUCGGCUGGCCGGCUCCCUUAUACCCUCACGGCACAUUUCUUCAAGGGGGCGCUGUACGCCAGCCUGCGCUGUAAGCACCCGAGUCAUGCUGUAGACGAGCUCCUGACCCAGCUUCCUCAGCGGUGCCCGUUGCUUCUGGUGUCUGCAGGGGGCUGGUGGUCACCGCUGUGUUCCGUCCUGGCGUCUCUGUGGACCCGGCUGACAGGAAGCCGGCUGCCACAGGAAAUACAGCGUCUGGCCGACUGUUACAGCUGGGCCUGCAGUACAGUUAGAGGGGAGGUGGUGCCCCCCCCAACGGCCGAGCCGCUGCUUCUGGCCGCUUUCCUGCACCACGUGGGGAGGGGGCAGGGAGGAGACCGGGCGAUCAGGACCACCCUGGGGCGGCUGGAGAAACUGCAAGAGCGGCGCAGGCCGCUGCUGGUCUUCCUGCUCUUCUUCUGUGUUACGGACCUGCUUGCCGUCCUCGUCCAGCCCCCGGUACGUCCUCGCCUAGCCGCUCGGACGCGUGCCAUUUUUCAACCCGCCGUGUCUUGCGUUCGAAUCUGUGGGGCUGUGUCUCAGGAGGCGGACCGCGCCAAGCAAGCUCAGGCGGCCUGUCUGGAGGUUCUCAGCUACUUGGCGGACUCCCCCGAUUGGCUGCUGCUCUUUAAGUCACCCGCUGCAGAACAGCAUGAAUAUCAGGCUGUGUCCAUGACGACAACGGACAGGAACAUCAGACUGAUGCCUUUGGCUUUCUAUAGCCUGGUGACCAACUUGGACACAGACGUUUUGGGAAAGGUGACCAGGAGUGCGGGCUUUCUUCUCCCGGCGCUGCACUCGUAUUCGGCCCUGACGAAGCUCUUCUUAGACGGCCUGAUUCCCUCGCCCGGACAGGCCCCCCCACUGCAGGCUGUGGCCGCGGCGAAGCAGGUCCUGCUGAAGAUCAUCUCGCAGAGCAGCGUGCAGAGCAGCUCCUCGCAGGCCCAGUUGGAGGCAGCCUGCGGGGAGCUGGACCCGGAGGUAGCCGCCGCCUUGUCCUCGCACCUGCUCUACCAUCGCCAUAGCGACCCUCUCUAUGGCGACCUGGACUACUUGUGAGUGUGGACACCGCCUGAACCCCCAUCACUGCUUUGCCCGCCAGUGCAACACUGACUGUAUCAGCGGUUUCUGUACCAACGCAAGUCAUGGCGUGACCUGUCAGUGGUUUAUGGGCUGUACAAAGUAGAGCUAAAGUUAUGGUUAAGAUGGUAUCUUCCAUUGGCAUCGUCUGUUGGCUUCAGGAACAGCCCGGGGUGGUUCACACAGGCCACACAAACCUCGCUGCUACAAUUGGAAUGGUUCUGUUAAGAUGUCACCAUUAAAACCUGCCAAACAUG